AUGUCGAUUUCUCAAUCAAAACUCCAUUGCAUUAAAAACCCAAAUGAUUUUACAUUUUGCGACACCCGAGAAGGAAAAUAUCAUCAAAAACAAGAUGGAAAUGAAAAUCCUUCAUGUUUUUUAUCACCGCUUUGGUCGAAAAAUGUUCCUUCUAGUUACACUUGUCCAUCAUCUCCCACGAAGUCCAUUACGGAGGGAAGGAAAGAGCUCAUGGAAAUGAUCAACAGUACCUUGCCUGAAUCAUGUUAUGAGUUGUCCUUUGAAGACAUAGUGUUGAAGGAUCCGAGUAACUCGGUGUCGAUGAUGGAAGAGAGGGUUGAUAUGAAGCUCGAUUUGGAGAGAAAGAGAAAAGGUACAAAAAAGAGUCAAAUUUCAAGGAGUGUGAGCCUUGAUACUGGAGUUUUUCUUCUCAAGACUUUCGUCCCUAGUUCAUUUGGUCCAAAGAAACAUAAGGUUUCUCAAAGUACGCCAGUUGCUGAUUUGAGGAAACCUCAUGUUGAUGUGAAACGAUGGAAGACAUGGCCUUUUGGUGAACGGUUGUGGAAGCUUUAUGGAUGUUUGUGUACAAGUAAACCAACAAACCAAAGGGGGUGCAUUUUCUUUUGA